AGUUCAGUGCUUUUGAGAACCGCUCCGACCGGAUCAGAUCAAUUCGCGAAAGAAGCGAUCAGUCCGAUUGAUGAACCAGUUCAAAAGAACCGACUCACAAGAAGCCUAAAGAGCGAUCGGAGGAGGAGAGGCGCAUCUGGAGACAAUAGAAGGCGAUGCGGAGCUGCGCUUUGUCGCUCGAUCCAGGGCUGUGCCGUCAAAACACAGAAAUAUAGAGAUGAUGGAGCGCUGAAUCUGGAUAUAUCCCCCGUUAUCUUGAACUGUGAGACCUAAGAGAAAAGAUGAAUUCUGCUGAAGCGGCGGAGGACGGACCCAAUGAUUCAGACACGGAUGCCUUCUUCAAAACAGGGUCUUUCAGAAGUGAAGGAAUGAAAGCGUCUGACGUCCUUCCUGUGCUGAGAGAAAAAGUAGCAUUUGUAUCUGGAGGUCGUGAUAAGAGAGGUGGCCCCAUCCUGACCUUCCCUGCCAGGAGUAACCAUGACCGAAUAAAACAGGAGGACCUGAGACGACUCGUGACAUACCUGUCCACUGUGCCCAGUGAGGACGUGUGUAAGAGGGGUUUCACUGUGAUUAUUGAUAUGCGUGGCUCUAAGUGGGACCUGAUAAAGCCAUUACUGAAGACCCUGCAGGAAGCGUUUCCAGCUGAGAUCUGCGUAGCUCUCAUCAUCAAACCAGACAACUUCUGGCAGAAACAGAAGACCAACUUUGGCAGUGCCAAGUUCACUUUUGAGACUAGCAUGGUAUCCGUGGAGGGGUUGACCAAACUCGUGGACCCGUCUCAGUUAACAGAGGACUUUGAGGGAUCUCUGGAAUAUAAUCAUGAGGAAUGGAUUGAGCUCCGUGUCGCUCUCGAGGAGUUCCUGGCCAGCGCCAUUCACCUUCUCUCCCGCCUGGAAGAUCUGCAGGAGAUGCUGGCUAAGAAAGAGUUCCCGGUGGAUGUGGAAGGCUCCCGGAGACUCAUUGAUGAGCACACUCAGCUGAAGAAGAAGGUGAUGAAGGCUCCUGUGGAAGAGCUGGACCAUGAGGGCCAGAGGCUCUUGCAGUGCAUCCGCUCCAGUGAUGGCUUCUCAGGGAGGAACUGUAUUUCAGGAAGUGCCGACUUCCAGAGUGUGGUUCCCAAGAUCGCCAGUCUGCUGGAUAAACUCCACAGCACCAGACAGCACCUGCACCAGAUGUGGCAUCUAAGAAAACUGAAGCUGGAUCAGUGUUUUCAGCUCCGAUUGUUUGAACAAGAUGCCGAGAAGAUGUUUGACUGGAUCAGUCACAAUAAGGAAUUGUUUCUUCAGAGCCACACAGAGAUCGGCGUGAGCUACCAGCAUGCUAUGGAGCUUCAGACUCAACACAACCACUUUGCCAUGAACUCCAUGAAUGCAUAUGUGAACAUAAACCGCAUCAUGUCGGUGGCAUUGCGGCUGUCGGAGGCGGGUCACUACGCAUCUCAGCAGAUCAAACAGAUCAGCACUCAACUCGAUCAGGAGUGGAAGAGCUUCGCCGCUGCUCUCGAUGAACGCAGCACCAUCCUCGCCAUGUCAGCUGUCUUCCAUCAGAAAUCCGAGCAGUUUCUGUCUGGUGUGGAAGCGUGGUGUAAGAUGUGCAGUGAGGGCGGGCUCCCGUCAGAGAUGCAGGAUCUAGAAUUGGCCAUUCAUCACCAUCAGACACUAUAUGAACAAGUCACUCAAGCUUAUACAGAGGUGAGCCAGGAUGGCAAGGCUUUGCUGGACGUUCUUCAGCGGCCAUUGAGUCCCGGUAACUCAGAGUCUCUGACUGCAACUGCUAACUACUCUAAAGCUGUGCACUGUAUUCUGGACGUGGUCCAUGAGGUCCUGCAUCACCAGAGACGUUUGGAGAGCAUCUGGCAGCACCGUAAAGUCCGUCUGCAUCAGAGACUGCAGCUCUGUGUCUUUCAGCAGGACGUCCAACAGGUUAUUGACUGGAUAGAGAAUCAUGGAGAGGCUUUCCUCAGUAAACACACAGGUGUGGGCAAAUCCCUGCACAGAGCCAGAGCCCUGCAGAAACGCCACGAUGACUUUGAGGAGGUGGCACAGAACACCUACACUAAUGCAGAUAAACUCCUGGAGGCGGCCGAGCAGUUGGCCCAGACGGGCGAGUGUGACCCCGAGGAGAUCUAUAAGGCGGCGCGGCACCUGGAGGUCCGGAUCCAGGACUUCGUCAGGAGAGUGGAACAAAGAAAACUCUUGCUGGACAUGUCCGUCUCCUUCCACACGCACACUAAAGAGUUGUGGACGUGGAUGGAGGACCUGCAGAAGGAGCUUCUGGAAGAAGUUUGCUCUGAUUCGGUCGAUUCGGUUCAGGAGCUGAUCAAACAGUUUCAGCAGCAGCAGACGGCCACGCUGGAGGCCACACUCAACGUCAUUAAAGAGGGAGAAGACCUAAUGCAACAACUCAGAGAUUCAGCGAUGAGCAGUAAUAAGAUGCCUCACACCAGCUCUAUCGCUCACAUCGAGGGCGUUCUACAGCAGCUAGACGAGGCCCAGGGCCACAUGGAGGAGCUCUUCCACGAGAGGAAGAUCAAACUCGACAUCUUCCUGCAGCUGCGCAUCUUUGAGCAGUACACCAUUGAGGUAACGGCGGAGUUAGACGCGUGGAAUGAGGACCUGGUUCGUCAGGUAAAUGAGUUUACCACAGAAGAGCCCAGUCUGGCUGAACAGAGACUACAGCGGCACGCGGAGAGAAAACUUGCCAUGAACAACAUGACCUACGAGGUCAUGCAGCAGGGUCAAGACCUGCAUCAGUACAUCAUGGAGGUCCAAGCUUCAGGCAUUGAGCUGACCGGUGAGAAGGAGGUGGAUCUAGCCACUCAAGUUCAGGAGCUGUUGGAGUUUCUUAAUGAGAAACAGCAUGAGCUGGACGUGAGCGCUGAACACACACAGAAACAUCUGGAGCAGUGUGUGCAGCUGCGCCACCUACAGGCUGAGGUUAAACAGGUUCUGGGUUGGAUUCGUAAUGGUGAGUCUAUGUUGGAUGCCAGUAUGGUGAACGCAAGUUCACUGUCAGAGGCCGAACAACUACAGAGAGAACAUGAGCAGUUCCAACUGGCGAUAGAGUCUUUGUUCCACGCCAACUCUCUUCAGAAGACCCAUCAGAGCGCACUGCAGGUGCAGCAGAAGGCCGAGAUCUUGUUACAGGCCGGACACUUCGACCCGGAGGCCAUUCGCAACUGUGCUGAAAAGGUGGCAGUACAUUGGCAGCAGCUCAUGCUGAAGAUGGAAGACAGACUCAAGCUGGUUAACGCUUCUGUAGCCUUCUACAAGACAUCAGAACAGGUGUGCAGCGUGCUGGAGAGUCUGGAGCAGGAGUACCGCAGAGACGAGGACUGGUGUGGAGCUAAUGAUAAACUGGGAUCUUCAGCAGAGAUGGAUCAUGUGCUGCCGCUCAUCAGCAAACACCUGGAGCAGAAAGAGGCUUUUCUCAAGGCAUGUACUCUGGCCAGGCGAAAUGCUGAGGUUUUUCUGAAAUAUAUCCAUCGGAAUAAUGUCAGCAGUCAGGGAUCAUCCAGCAACCCCCGCGGCCCUGAGCAACAGGUCAAAGCCAUCCUGAAUGAACUGCUGCAGAGGGAAAACAGAGUUCUGCAUUUCUGGACCAUGAAGAAGCGGCGUCUGGAUCAGUGUCAGCAGUAUGUGGUGUUUGAACGCAGCGCCAAACAGGCGUUAGAGUGGAUCGAGGAGGCAGGAGAGGUGUAUCUCGCCUCUCAUACGUCCCCUGGAGACUCGGUGGAGAAAACUCAGGAACUGCUCAAAGAAUAUGAAGAAGUCCGCGUCUCUGCCAAGCAAACUAAAGAGAAAGUGAAGAUGUUGAUCCAGCUGGCAGAUAAUUUUGUGGAGAAGGGUCACACACACGUCACCGAGCUGAAGAAGUGGGUGACGGCAGUGGACAAGCGCUACAGAGAUUUCUCCCUGCGCAUGGGCAAAUACCGCUGCAGUCUGGAGAACGCUCUGGGCAUCAGCUCUGAGGAUAAUAAGGAUCUGGAGCUGGAUAUCAUUCCAGCCAGUCUGACUGACCCAGAGGUCAAACUGCGUGACCCCAACCACGAGAUCAAUGAGGAAAAGAGGAAAUCAGCCCGGAAGAAAGAGUUUAUUAUAGCAGAGCUGUUACAGACAGAAAAGGCAUAUGUGAGGGACUUGCAUGAAUGUUUAGAGACGUAUUUGUGGGGUAUGACCAAUGGCGUAGAGGAAAUCCCUCCAGGAAUCGCCAACAAAGAGCACAUCAUCUUUGGAAACAUCCAGGAGAUUUACGACUUCCAUAAUAAUAUAUUUCUGAAAGAGCUGAUCAAUUAUGAGCAGUUACCUGAGGAUGUGGGCCAUUGCUUUGUUACAUGGGCUGAUAAGUUUAAUAUUUAUGUGACAUACUGCAAAAACAAACCAGAUUCCAGUCAGCUCAUCCUAGAGCAUGCUGGGAGUUUUUUUGACGAGAUUCAGAAGAGACAUGGUCUGACCAACUCUAUAUCAUCAUACCUCAUCAAACCUGUGCAGAGAAUCACCAAAUACCAGCUGUUGCUCAAGGAGCUGCUGUCCUGCUGUGAAGAAGGCAAAGGUGAAAUUAAAGAUGGGCUGGAGGUCAUGCUGAGUGUCCCAAAGAGAGCCAAUGAUGCCAUGCACGUCAGCAUGCUGGAGGGUUUUGAUGAGAAUCUGGAUGUUCAGGGUGAACUCUUCCUGCAGGACACCUUCCAGGUGUGGGACCCCAAAUCACUGAUCCGUAAGGGACGAGACCGCCACCUCUUCCUCUUUGAGAUCUCCCUCGUCUUCAGCAAAGAAAUCAAAGACUCAGCGGGACGAUCCAAAUACAUCUACAAGAGCAAACUACUGACUUCUGAAUUGGGGGUGACAGAACAUGUGGAAGGAGACCCGUGUAAAUUUGCCCUGUGGGUGGGACGCACCCCCUCAUCCGACAACAAGACUGUCCUUAAGGCAUCCAGUAUCGAGGUGAAACAAGAAUGGAUUAAAAACAUCCGAGAGGUGAUCCAGGAGAGAAUCAUUCACCUGAAGGGGGCGCUGAAGGAACCAAUCCGUGUCCCCAAAACCCCAGCCAAACCCCGCAACAACAGCAGGAGGGAGGCUGGUGAGGAUGCUGACAGUCAGGGAGAUGGCAGCAGUCAGCCGGACACCAUCUCCAUCGCUUCCAGAACCUCUCAGAACACUGUGGACAGUGACAAGCUCUCGGGAGGGUGUGAGCUGACAGUGGUCCUGCAGGACUUCAUGGCGAGCAGUGCGUCUGAGCUCAGUGUCCAGACCGGUCAGACGGUGGAGCUGUUGGAGCGGCCCAGUGAGCGACCGGGAUGGUGUCUGGUCCGGACCACAGACAAGACCCCCCUUCAGGAGGGACUGGUGCCCAGCAGCGCUCUGUGCAUCUCUCACUCUCGCAGCAGUGUGGAGAUGGACUGCUUUUUCCCAGCAGGCAAAGAAAACUAUGCGGUUAGCGGCCCAGAAGGGAAGACAGAGUCUGUGACCACACUGCAGCCACAGGCGUCCCUGAACUCCCUGCAGAGCAGCUCACCUGGACCCAAGCGCUCUGGAAAUACACUGAAGAAGUGGUUGACCAGCCCUGUCCGGCGUCUCAGUCACGGCAGUAACAUCAAGAAGAUCCCUAGCAAACAAAAGCAGAAACGUGAUGGACGAAAGAGCAUAGAUCUGGGGCCACCUGAACUACAGGAUGACACCCUGGAGGAGAGAGUGCGUAAAGAAGAGGGAACACUCUCCAAAUCUUCAUCAGGGAUGCACAGCGGAGGAGAGGAAGAGCCUGAGGACGAGUCCCACACUCCCCUCCCUCCACCAAUGCAGAUCAUCAAAGACCCAUCUGCUCAGGAAGAGAAGUCGUCUGUGCUGCUGGCUUCACGGCAGAGCUCGGCUGAUGUCCCCAGUGCUGCUGAGCUUGUCAGUGCUAUAGAAAAACUGGUCAAAACUAAAAUGACUCUGGAGCCAGGCUCAUACCCAGGAUUCAGUUCAGUGAACCCAGCAGAGCAGAGCCCAGCACCACCCAGAAACCCUGAACUGGAGCAGAAAGCCAAAGCACUGCGUGGACGAAUGUUUGUUGUGAAUGAAUUAGUCCAGACAGAAAAAGACUACGUGAAAGAUUUGGGUAUCGUGGUUGAGGAGUUUAUGAAGAUAAUAGAGGAGAAAGGAGUUCCUGAUGAUAUGAAAGGAAAAGAUAAGAUCGUCUUUGGAAACAUCCACCAAAUCUAUGACUGGCACAAAGAUUUUUUUGUUGGUGAGCUGGAGAAAUGUCUUGAAGAUCAUGAAAAACUGCCUGGGCUGUUCAGUAAACAUGAGAGAAGACUGCACAUGUAUGUGGUUUACUGCCAGAACAAACCCAAAUCUGAAUUCAUUGUUGCAGAAUACGAUUCAUACUUCGAGGAGAUUCAAAAAGACGUCAGCUCAAGACUGAGCAUCAGUGAUUUUCUCAUUAAACCCAUUCAGAGAAUUACUAAAUACCAACUGUUACUAAAGGACUUUCUGAAGUACAGCGCAAAGGCAGGGUUGGAUUGUCAGGAUAUAGAGAAAGCAGUAGACCUGAUGUCCCAGGUGCCCAAGCUGUGCAAUGACAUGAUGAACCUGGGAAGACUGCAGGGAUUUGAGGGGAAGUUGACGAGUCAGGGAAAGCUCUUGCAGCAGGAGACGUUUUUUGUGACGGAGCAGGACUCUGGCGUUCUGUCCCGCAGUAAGGAGCGCAGGGUCUUCCUGUUUGAACAGAUCAUCAUCUUCAGCGAGCUCUUACGCAAAGGCUCGUCCACGCCAGGAUACCAGUUUAAAAAGAGCAUCAAGGUGAGCUUCCUCGGCCUGGAAGAGCAUGUGGAAAAUGAUCCGUGUAAGUUUGUGCUGUCGUGUCGUGGGUCAGCCGAACGGUUCACCCUGCAAGCUGCAAACACUGACAUCAAACAGGUCUGGGUACAGCAUAUCACCAAGCUACUAGACCUGCAGAGUAACUUCUUGUCAGCUCUGCAGUCUCCCAUCGAGUAUCAGAAGGAGCGCAGCGGCUCUCAGUCUCUGACCCGAAACUCCUCCAGCAGCGGGCGAACGGGGCAGUCCAACAGCCGGCCCAGCUCCACUGUGUCCCUCGGGGCAGAGAAACCAUCUCUGUCUGGACGGAGCUCCACUCCCAUAAAACUAACUACCUCAAGCAGUGGUCCAUGCCACGACAGAUACCACAGGCAGUUUGACGGUGCGGGCUGUAACGGUACGUCGUCCUCCCUGAUGGUGACUCAGGACUAUAAUGCACUGAAAGAGAACGAGAUCUGCGUCAUGCAGGGUGAGACGGUGCAGAUUCUGGCAACUAACCAGCAGAACAUGUACCUGGUGUACCGACCCGCUAACAGCCAGUCGCCGGCCGCGGAGGGCUGGGUCCCGGGACACAUCCUGGGCCCCCUCGCUAAACCCCUCAUAGACACUACUGCAGACUCAAACAUCAAGAAAUCUCUCUCGUGGAACACGCUUCGUGCUCGCAAACGUGCAGAGAAGGACUGUGUGCCCCUCAAAAGUGACAAUAAAGUUGAGAAUGGACUGCGUAAGCCAAAGGAAAUUCUCAGCAGCAAAGUCACUGUGAAACCCAAACCACAGGAUUCCCGCAGCUCAGACGAGUCCGAUUACGAGGAUGAACUAGACCCCAAAACUAGUAUGGAGUUACUGAACCCUAAUUUCAUCCAAGAGGUGGCUCCGGAGUUCCUGACGCCUCUAGCGGACGUGACGUGUGCUCUGGGGGAGACGGUGGUCCUGUGCUGUAAAGUCUGUGCUCGACCCAAGCCAACAAUCACCCUGAAAGGACCCGAUCAAAGUCUGCUGGUCAACAAUAACAGAUUCACGAUCAAUAUCAGGGAAUCAGGUGAUAUAGUGCUGAAGAUCUGUAAUCUGAUGCCUCAGGAUACUGGCAUCUACACAUGUGUAGCUGUGAAUGAUCACGGCACUGCCUCCUCAUCUGCAUCUAUUAAAGUACAAGGUAUCCCAGCUGCCCCUGCUCGGCCUGUGGCACAGGAAGCCAGCAGCACAGCAGUGAUUGUCCACUGGCUUCCUCCAGCCAGCUCAGGAAACUCUGCCAUCUCCAGCUACACUGUGGAAUACAGGCAGGAAGACUCUCUGGUGUGGCAGAAGUCGGUGGUAUCCACUGCAGACAUGUGUGUGAAGAUUGAGAAUCUGAUUCCUGGUGGCCAUUAUCAGUUCAGAGUCAGUGCCAGUAACCCCUGGGGCAUCAGCCCACCUAGUGAACCCUCAAACAUGGUGACAUUACCCAGCACAGCCUCAUCAUACGACGGCACUGGAAUCCAGUGGAAAGACAACUUUGAAUCUGCAUUCACAGAAUUAUGUGAAAUUGGACGGGGUCGUUUCUCAGUGGUGAGGAAGUGUCUCAGUAAAGCCAGUAAGAAGGAGGUUGCUGUGAAGUUUGUCAAUAAGAAGAUGCAGAAGAAAGAGCAGGUGGGCCAUGAGGCCAAUAUCCUGCAUCACGUCCAGCAUCCGCAGCUGGUGGCACUGAUUGAUACCUAUGAGUCUCCCAUGGCCUACAUGCUGGUUCUUGAGCUGGUUGAGGAUGGGCGUCUGCUGGACUAUCUGGUGGCUCACGAUGAGUUGAUGGAGGAGAAGGUGGCAUUCUUCAUUAAAGACACUCUGGAAGCUCUGCAGCACCUGCACACAUGCAGAGUAGCUCACCUGGACCUCAAGCCUGAAAAUCUGUUGGUGGACCUCCAUGUGCCGGUGCCCUGCGUGAAGCUCUCAGAUCUGGGCGAUGCUGUACAGGUUUCGAGUCACCGCUAUGUGCAUCUCCUCCUGGGGAACCCUGAGUUUGCCGCUCCAGAGCUCAUCCAGGGCACCCCGGUGUCCCUGUCCACAGAUGUGUGGAGUGUAGGGGUGUUGGCCUACGUCAUGCUCAGUGGAGUCUCCCCAUUCCUGGACGAGAGUCUGGAGGAGACCUGCGUCAACAUCUGCAGGCUGGACUUCUGCUUUCCUGAGGAGUAUUUCAGUGACAUUAGCCAGGCCGCUAAAGACUUCAUUGUGUCCAUGUUUCACCAGGACCCCAGGAAGAGGCCGAGCUCAGCCACAUGUCUGCAACACCCAUGGGUCAGCGCUCAUAGUGGAGAUUACUCCAAAACACCACUGGACACAGUCAGACUCGCUGCGUUUAUAGACCGACGCAAACAGCUUCAUGAUGUCAGACCUGUGACAAACGUUAAAGGACUGGUCAGCAGCAGUAUGGGACACACGUUAUGAGAGGAGAACGUGGGCUGGAGGAAAGAGAUUCUAGCAUGUUACAUGCUUUGUCAACAAUAGAUAUCAUUUACAUUAUAUAUCAUAUCAUUAGGAAUGUGCACUUACUGUACACAGUGUUUCUAGUACCAUUUAUUGGCCUGCUCCAUUAUGACUUGUGGCCCGGGGGGUUGAUAGAUUCAGAAAAUACAAGUAAACUGGAAUUGUGGGAAUUGCAGUAGUUGCAGAGCUAGGAGUAGUAACAUCACUGAAUGUCAUAUUAAAGAUUAGGGUGGUGUGUUUUAGUGCUUUCAGAGUCCUAAACAGACCAGUAGUUGGGUGUUGUUGUACAUUCAGUUCUAUUGCGAGGUUUUAAAGGAAAAGUUUAACCAAAAAUGAGAAUUCUGUCAUCACUUACUCGUGCUGUUCCAGAUUCAUAAGAUGUGCUAAAACAAAUCAAGUUUGAAUCAUUUCCAUUCAAUGAAAGUAAACCAAAAAAAGCUCUCAAAUUUAAUUUGUUCACAUAUAUUCAAAUAUGGCACAUCAGGUUUGAGUUCUAUGAUGCUGAAAGGCUUUGGUUGUCUCAUUUAUCAUAACCAACUGCAACAUGCCAGUUUGAAUAUGCCUAUGUGCAAAUGUUAUUUUAGAGGUCCAAUGGGAAGAGAGCAGUCAAUUCCUCAAUUUUAUGAGCCUUUUAGCUCAUAUUUGGAGCUGAGUAUACAUCAUUACUCAUUUAAUUUCAAAUUCAAACAUGGGUUUUGAGCGACAUGAGUAAAUGAAUGAUGACUCAAUGAAAUACAAUGUGGUUGACGAUUGGAUGUGAAAAGAAAUGUUGCGAUCCUACAUCUGGCAGCAGAUAUAUUUUUCACAGGAUCAUUAAGAUAAUUUAAAGAAUGUAGAAUAUUUGACAGGUAGGAAUUAUUGUACAAAUACCUGCAUGUAGAAAUAACUGAUCGUCCACCACUUAACCUGUAAUGUAUUCAGUUUUAAUAGUAUGGGGUCAUGAGUAUCAUCAUUGUCAUUAGGCAUAAUGAGGAAUUUGAAUGUUUUACAAUAGAAAAAUAUAAAUUGAAUAGAAUGUUGUUGUCUUGAAAUGACAGACUAAAGUUAUUACAGUUCAUCGCCUAUUUUAAAAGUCUGCAGUCAAGAUUUUUAAA